AUGCCGGGCCUGAUACCCCUUCGCAUGAGCGCGCUCAUUCCGGCAUCAAAAAUCGCAGCCUCCUACUCAGAAGACAAAUCCAAUGCCACAAGUUGGGAGCCCACGCCGUACAAGCCAAGAACAGCUGAGAUGCAGUUCAGGCAAGCCACGCGCGAGCGCAUGAUUCCCGAGCCUCUCAUUACAUCUAGACCAGCUCCUUCUACGCCUUCUCAAUGGAAAAGGGCGUUGGCUGAGAUUAAAAGAGACUUUGCCAACCGAAAAUACCGACACUGCUCUAUGCGGUGUCAAGAGAUUCUCGACACCAUGAAGGAUUCGCACAAACCAGAGACAGCAUGCCUGAUAUACAUCCGUUUCUACGCCGCAUCUGCUCUUGAAAUGCAAGUCCGUUCUCUUCAUCACACCUCUCCUUACCGGAUGAAGCUCCUCCUCCAAGCCCGCGACCACUACCGCGCCGCAUCUGAUCUCGCCAAAGAAGACGAUGCUACUAAGCGGCGGCCCUCUUCUCGAUCACGACACACUCCUUUUGGAUCGGACGCAUCAUUCUCUACACUCUCCUCCGGAAGCUCUGCUUCACUCUCGAUCAGCUCUUUGGACAGCUGUUUGAAGAGCCCCGGUAGCCGGCCGAAGCAAAAGAAGCGCGUCGCGUUCUGUGACGUGCCCUCGUAUGAACCUUUGCACGAGUCUACCUUUGAGCCUUUUAUUCGCCCAGACUCUCCAACCCUCGGCUUUGACGACGACUGGUGCAUCCGUCAACCUACUCCUGAGCCUCCAGCUCUCUACUCGGCUCCCCUCCGACCCAGCUCUGGAAAGUCGCAGUUUCCACUCCCUUCUCCCACAAAUUCAGAAUUCAGCUCUAUCCAGGGCGAUGAUGACAGUUACUUCGAUACUCCCACCGCUGCAGACAGCUUCCUCCAUGCCCGUUCCGUCCACCACUAUUGCACUGUACUUGCCAGCCUGCAGCACCAAAUCACCUCUCACCUGGAAUGGUUAGAGCGUGAUCUUGCCGCCGCAGAGAAUCCCCAGCCUCCGCAAAUCCUUAGCGAGGAAAUGCGUAACCUGGAACUGCGUACGCGGAUUGAGCGGCUGAAGGCCAAUGGCUGGAAGCGACAGCGCUUUGAUUUCCGAAAAUACGAGGCACUUCGAGAGAGGGCCUUGGAGGAUAUCAAUUAG